GAACAAACCAGAACAAAAAAAAGCUUAGGUUGAACUUGAACCAAACGCAACUCUUCAACGGCCUUUCUCUCUCUAUCUCUUAAUUUUAUUUUAAUUUGUUUGAUUUUAAUUUUUUUAUCUGCCUUGUUCUUCAAGGUCAGGUCACAGAAGAUAUCGAGUCGUGAACUCCAAUCCAAUCCAAUCCAACGCAAAUUCAAAUAAAAACAGCCUCAUCAUGAUGCUAUUUUACUCUUCUCCUUUCAUUUUUACCUUUUGAUUCUCUGUCUGUCUCUGGUACCUAGGGUUUCUCUCCCCUGCUAUUAAUUACUCCCAAAUCAAGAGCAAUGCCAACGUUUACUGCUAUAGCUUUAGACUGGCUGUUAGAACCUGGAAUUUCUAAAUCUGUCGACACUUCUGUUCGUGGUUCGAAUUUUGUGUCGAAACCAGAGCGCCUUCCGAAAACAAGGCCUGCACCUGACUCAAACAUCCAGAGGAGAAACAGUAUAGCAAGCACAGAGAGGGAAGUCAAUCGUCUUCAAGUUUCGCCAGCUCUCUAUGCCACUCCAGAAGCAACGCCACUACCUGAUUCGCCAUGUUCAUUUCCACCUUCACCGUACAUUAUUAACCACAAGCGACGCGGGCCACGUCUCUUAAAGAGCUUUUCUGAGGACGAUGUGGAUUCUCCAAGGAAGAACUUGGACGAAGAAAAGAUCAAUGGGAAUGGACAAAACAAGGUUGUUUAUUCGACAAAAGAUCACUGUGUUACUUUUGCCAAUUCUGAUUCUGUUGAGGAGAUGCGAUCAAAUGGUGUGCAGGACAGUCAUGGAAAGCUUGAGAUUCCAAAUGGUGCUUUUGAGGCCUCUAGUGAGAAGCAAAUGAAUGGUCUUCAUGGCAGUCAAAUAGGAAGCAGUAAUGGUGAAUCUAAAAUCAGAUUUAUGAAGAAUGACUUCACGGUUGAAAAGGAUGUGUCCAACCUUACAGCCUUGAAUUCAGACAGAGAUGGUGAGUCUGAGGAUUUCUUUGACCCACAGGAAUCAAUGAGUUACACUAGCAACACUGAUAUUGAGGAGAACUCUGCUUUCGAAAGUUCUGUGAAGCUUGCUACAAUUACACCAGUGGGAGAGUUUUAUGAUGCUUGGGAAGAGCUUUCUUCUGAGAGCGGGUUGCAGUCAUCUUUUCGUGACAUUGAAGCAGAAUUGCGUGAAAUGAGAUUAAAUUUUUUUAUGGAAAUAGAGAAGCGGAGGCAAGCAGAGGAAACCCUGAAUAAUGCGCAAAAUCAGUGGCAGAAGAUGAGGGAACAAUUAGCCCUUGUAGGAUUGACUCUUCCUGCAUUUCCAUUUACUGUUACAGAGAAAGAGCACUCUUUGGGUGCUGAUCCUGCAGAAGAACUAUGUCGACAGGUUUAUCUUGCUCGGUUUGUUUCAAACUCUAUAGGUAGGGGAUUAGCUAAGGCUGAGGCGGAGAUAGAGAAGGAAGCUGAAAUUGAGGCUAAGAACUUUGAGAUAGCUCGACUUUGGGACCGGCUUCAUUAUUAUGAGGCUAUGAAUCGAGAAAUGUCUCAGAGGAACCAAGAAGCAGUAGAGAUGGGUCGGCGUAACAGGCAGGUGAGGAAAAUAAGGCAGAGAUGGGUUUGGGGCUCAAUUGCUGCAGUGCUAACCCUAGGCACUGCUUCUUUAGCAUGGUCUUACUUGCCAGUAACAAACGGAUCAUCUUCCAUCAGUGAUUCUCUGGCUCCUGAGCACAAUGACACAGCUGAAUGAUGUGCAUCCAGUUAAAUUAUACGACUUUAAUGCUAUUUCACAGAAGCAAAGAUAAUAAAAGAUUGUAAAGGCCACAAUGUCAAUAGCAAUAUCAUGACUUCUCCGGUUGCAUUUUUCCAAUCGGCAAGACACGGUGUCUUCGAAACUGUUCUUGUUCCUCAUAUUUUUUGUAGCAACCCGGGGGCAAUAAAUUUUGAUAUCCAUCAGUCAUUUGGAAUAAUUUGCGAGAUCUUUCGCAGGUCAAAAGGCAAUAGAUGUGCAUAUGCAUACAUAAGAGUGUUAGGUCUUCUAACAAACUUUCAGCUAUUAAUGCCAUUAAUCAAAUUUUUUGGAACUUGCA